GGGGCGGGCGGGCAGGCAGGCAGGUCAAGUUCCCGCCGGGCGGUGCGCUCUGGCUCCGCGUCGGGACUCCCUCGCCGCCUCAGUCCUGGGAGAAGGAGACACGGCGCGGAGGGAGCUUCUGUUUUUGCAGGUGGGACGGACGGGCGCGCCGACCGAGAGCGCCCUCGCCUCGCGCGCACGCCGAAAUGAGGUUGGAGAUCAGGCUUUUGACCUGAACUUGAGGCAGGAACUAAGGAACUGUGCCACUCCGUUCUCAUUUUAACUUCUGCUGCUUGGCUAUAGGAGCCUCAUUUGCAGUGUCUGGAAAUCCUUUUAAAGACCGGGAGGAGUUUUGGAGGGCCAUCUGCAUUCCUCUCCCAGUGUUGGGUUGACCGUCGCCCUUGGUUAUGGAUGGCCCAAAUGAAGUGGACUUUUCCAACAACAAUAUUGCACCAUUGUGGAGGAGGAGGUCAGCCCACCAGACCCAUUUGCACACAAAGAACAAACCCAGGCCUCAGUCUUAUCAGAGCUCCACUGGGGUUCUCUUCACAGAUUUUCCCCUGGAAGACAAGGAUACGUUUACUUUAACUCAGCCUGAUGAAACUAUAAUUACUUCUCUGGACAGCAGAUCCAUUCAAAGGAGCCCUUUGCUUUUCAGCUGCGGCCUUGGUUCUGUGCCAAAUGGAAAGGUUCGGUUUCCGGAGCAUAAGGCGCUCUCCCCUAGGCUUUCUGACCAGUCACCCCAAGUCCUGAAAAUGGUUUCAAAUAAUUCUAUAAAUUUUACAGCCAGUGGUCCUAUAAAUUCAGGAAGCAGCAAGCUAGCUCACCCAGGGAGGAUUUCCAAUCGAGCAGCACUUUGUCCAGAGAAGGAACAAAUUGUUUUCUCAUCAAGCCUUGGAUUGUCGCCUACGGAAAUCGUGCAUUCGCCAAAUAACAACACAUCCACCGCCUCAGCAUUGCAACCCAGCCAGCUUCCUAAAAGCUCAGAGAAGGCAUCUGUUUGCCUGUCUGCUCCCUUGGAACAGCAGCAUCUGCCUCUCCAAAGACUGCCGUCAAAUCAGAAUGAGCUUGCAGAAACGCCGCCCGUGGUUCUGAGUACGCACAGUCCUGCUGCGUUGAAAGUGGGGAAGCAGCAGAUCAUCCCUAAGAGUUUGGCUACUGAAAUAAAAGUAACCAACAAAGCUAAUAGCCAGAAUGUGGAACCAAGCAGGAGGGUUCUCAAGGUCCGUAGCAUGGUGGAGACCCUUGGGUUGCCUUUGGUAGCUGGUGGAGGUGAAGAAGCAGAAGCGGAUGUGGACAGCCCAGGGAUGCUGAAACGUAGUUUGAGGUCUACUUCCUAUCGGCGGGCUGUUGUGAGUGGCAUUGACUUUGACAGCAGUGCCAGCUUUAAGACAAAAAACAGAAUGUCCCAGCCAGUUCUGAAGGCGGUUGUGGAAGAUAAGGAGAAAUUCUCUAGCUUAGGAAGAAUAAAGAAGAAAAUGCCAAAAGGACAAGGGACCUUUGAUGGAGACGAAAAUGCUGUGUUGUAUCAGAACUACAAAGAAAAGGCUCUGGAUAUAGAUUCUGAUGAAGAGGUAGAAUUGAAAGAACUGAAGUCAGAUGAAAAAAUAGUUAUUCAGUACAAACCUCUGAGAUCAACAUGGAGUCAGUUGUCUGCGGUGAAGAAGAAUGGGCUAUACCAGACCAUCAGCCAAGAAGAAAGGAAAAGGCAAGAGGCUAUAUUUGAAGUUAUAUCUUCAGAACAUUCAUACUUGCUCAGUCUGGAAAUCCUGAUCCGGAUGUUUAAGAACUCCAAAGAACUGGGCACUACAAUGACCAAAACAGAAAGCCAUCACCUUUUUUCCAAUAUUGCGGAUGUCUGCGAAGCAAGCAAGAGGUUCUUUAGAGAGCUUGAAGCAAGGCAUCAGAAUAAUAUCUUCAUAGAUGAUAUCAGUGAUAUUGUGGAAAAGCAUACUGCAUCAACCUUUGACCCUUAUGUGAAAUAUUGCACAAAUGAAGUCUACCAGCAGCGAACACUCCAGAAACUACUGGCUACAAAUCCAGCAUUCAAGGAAGUAUUGUCGCGGAUUGAGUCCCAAGAAGAAUGCAGAAACUUACCUAUGAUUUCUUUCCUCAUUCUCCCAAUGCAGAGGGUCACGCGACUUCCGCUGCUGAUGGAUACUAUUUGCCAGAAAACGCCCAAAGAGUCACCAAAAUACGAAGCUUGCAAACGAGCUUUAAAAGAAGUAAGCAAGUUGGUUCGCCUCUGCAAUGAAGGUGCUCGAACAAUGGAAAGGACAGAAAUGAUGUACACUAUCAACUCCCAGCUGGAAUUCAGAAUCAAGCCAUUUCCAUUGGUUUCUUCUUCCCGAUGGCUAGUGAAAAGAGGUGAAUUGAUAGCGUAUGUGGAAGACACUGGGCUUUUCUCUAAAAGGACUUCUAAGCAACAAGUGUACUUCUUCCUCUUCAAUGAUGUCCUCAUUAUCACAAAAAAGAAAAGUGAAGAGAGCUACAAUGUCACAGACUAUUCCUUAAGGGAUCAACUGUUAGUUGAACAGUGUGACAGCGAAGAGCUGAAUUCCUCUCCUGUAAAAAACAGCACACCUAUUCUUUACUCUCGGCAGACUUCUGCAAAUCACCUCUUCAGAUUAACUGUCCUAAACAACCAUGCAGGAGAGAAGAUUGAACUCCUGCUGGGAAGUGAAACUCAGAAUGAGCGUGCUCGCUGGAUUACUGCACUUGGGAAGAGUAGUGAUAGAGGGACCGUGGAUCGGACAACACUAACCCAGGUAGAAGUCAUCAGAUCAUACACUGCGAAGCAAUCGGAUGAGUUAUCUCUCCAAGUUGCUGAUGUAGUUCUGGUCUCUCAGAAAGUUAAUGAUGGUUGGUAUGAAGGUGAGCGAUUGCGGGAUGGAGAGAGAGGCUGGUUCCCAAUGGAAUGUGCCAAGGAGAUCACUUGCCAUGCCACAAUUGAGAAGAACAUGGAAAGAAUGGGACGCUUGCUGGGCCUAGAAACAAACGUAUAGACCCUCACUGCUGUAUCUGUUCUCCAGGGUUUGCACUAAGGAACAUCUGGGGCUUCUUGGUCUCAUCCAGAUGGCCAUUUUAUAGUUGAAGCGUGUAAAAAUAACCACUCGCAGAUAGGUGUCGUCAUUAGGAAUGGAAGCAGCCAUAAAAGCAAUUGCAUGCUGGUGGGGCUGUUCGGUACAAAGCAGUAGCAGGUCGAACUUUUUAUUCCUUUUUUAUAACCAAUAGUCACUUUUAAUUAAAACCCGAUUUUACACUUAUAAAGAGUUCCUAAUAGAGUUAUGACUUCCUUGGAUUAUCACAGUGGACUAACAACUCUUGAAUCAAUUUGAACGCACCUCCUUUGUUUUACAGACCAGCUCUAGAACCUGCUCAAUUUAUUUUCCCUUUUACAUUCAUUGCUAGACCCUUUUGAUUUCUGUAUAAUUUUCUCAGUCAUCAAGGGAGGCUAAUGUGCAAAAGCAGGCAUUAGCUGGGGGUCCACAUCUUGAUUCAAUCAGCUGGAUAUGUGCAUCUUUUGAUGUCCAGAUAGAGCCAUUGAGUAGAAUCUACUGAGCAUUACCUAGAUCUAAAGCCUGUUGAAAUAGGUGACGGGUGCAGCUAAAUGUCCACUCUGAUUUCACUACAGUUCACAAGUCUGAGACUCCAUCUUGCCAUGUGAUGCCCCAAAUCUUCCUGAUGCAGUGCACGUGGAAGGCGUUGAGGUGUUGCUCCUGGCAGGUAUAAGUUGCCCAUGUCUUGCUGCCAUAAAGCAUUGUGCUCAAUACGCAAGCCUGGUAGACCUUCAUCUUGGUACUGGGUGUCAGCAUCACAUCCUCCCAUACCCUUCUGGAGAGGCGAGCCAUAGUUCAGUCCAGCUCAGUGUUGAUGGCUAUGCUGGAACCCAGGUAGGCAAAAAUGUCUACCACCUCAAGCGUGUGGUCACCAGUGAUGAUGCGUGGAGUGCUGGUGACAUCCUGUCCCAGGAUAUUGGUAUUUGCCAGGUUGAUGGUGAAGCUGAACAGCCUGCAGGUUUGGGCAAAACUUGGUAGAGCUUCUCCUGAGUGCACUGUCCAGCUUUGUCGUCUGCAAACAUCACCUCUCGGAUAAGGAUUUGCCAGAGUUUUGUCUUGGUGUGUAGACGUGCCAGGCUGAAUGGACUCCCAUCACUUCUUGAAUGGAAGUACACUCCAUCUUCAGUCGAGCGGACGGCAUAGGAGAGCAACAGGAAGAAUAUGCCAAAGAGUUGGAGCAAGAACACAGCCCUGCUUCACACCACUCCUUAUAGAGAUGUCUGUACAUAUACAGCUCUCUGUCCUCCUUUGGACAAGCAAGAGGCAAUAUCAGAGUUCAGGGGAACAUUCCAACCAGCCAGAAGCAGUCAAGGAGGGCAUAAAGCAAGACCAGUGAGAAGUGUGGCUCGGGGAGAAUUUGUAACUAGGAAGAGGCCUGAGGGUCAGAAAGAGCAGCCUGGAGUUUCUGGGUCUGAGAUUCCCUGCCCGUUCAAUAAACUAGACAAGUGUUGGGAUUCUUACCAGGCAACAGACUCAUGGGUAGGUGGUUUUGUUUUCACAAUGCUAGCAACAAAGGGCUCUUCUGCAGUAACCCUCCCUUCAGAAAAUGCAUUGAGAAGGCAGGUCCUGCAUUAAGUCCUUCUUACCUA